AUGGACUCUCAGUGGCAGUCUUACGGGGAUCUCUCGUCAGGUCACCCCGUUCAUCACGAUACUUCGACGAGCCAGAAUCCCUAUCGAUUGAACACAAAAUACAAUGGCCAGCAACAGGCUCAAGCACCCGCGGGUUAUACUUAUGAGAGUUACCAGUCUCCAAUAACCGCCGCGCAAGCUUCCAGUGGAGGCUCCAAUUCGAAGUCAGCAUCGAUGGCUUCAUCUCCAGCGGCAACGCCUCAUACGCGUGACUAUUUUACUGAUGCCGAUACGCCCAUGGAGGAUGCUGAUCCUUACAAUCGUGCUAAGUAUUCGUCGAAGUUGAAUCACAGUACACGUCCGUCGUCGCAAUACAUGCCGACUGAAGAAUCAUCUGCGGCGCGUCGAUACUCGCCUAUGAAUAUUUUGUCGCCAACUCUGCCAUACUCGUCGAGUCCCACAAAGUCGGGCCAAAAUCCCUUCAACGCGCCGCCUUCUGGGCCAGGUAGUUCCCGCCAGUCUCCCACGCGAAAUAGUGUUUAUGCAUCACUCCCGCAGGGAUAUCAAUCACCACCAGGCUCCCGUGUUCCCCGAUUGCCUAUUCUGCAGUCGACCGAUAUGAGUCCCGAUCAGUAUUUCCCUUCGUCUGCUUCGUCACAAUUGAGCGCUCCGUUCGGCUCCGAGUUGAAGUCACCACACACGAGCCAGCAAAACAAUCACAAGCCACCUGGUCGCGGCCCGAUCCCCAAAUUCUCCAGCAUCAAAUCGGUGCAGGAGCUUAAACCCAAGGUCAACACGCAACCACCUUUUCGUCGGGCAAACCCUGAAGGAGGUUUCAUCAGUCCAUUGCAAGCACUUACAACGCACCUACCGGCCACGUAUCGCAUAUGCAACCCGACGUUCAAAUACGAGUCCUCGCGCAAUCCACGUCGUGUCCUCACAAAGCCCAGCAAAGGUGUCAAGAACGAUGGGUUUGACAAUGAGGAUAGCGAUUAUAUAUUAUAUGUCAAUGACAUUCUAGGCAGUGAAGAAGGAGGUCACAACAAUCGAUACCUAAUUCUCGAUGUACUGGGCCAAGGUACUUUCGGACAGGUAGUGAAGUGCCAGAAUCUCAAAACUCAAGAAGUUGUGGCCGUGAAGGUGGUGAAGAACAAGACGGCCUACUUUAACCAGAGUAUGAUGGAGGUGUCCGUGCUUGACCUGCUCAAUAAGAAGUAUGACAAGAACGACGACCACCAUCUCCUUCGACUCAAGGAUACUUUCCUGCAUCGGCAACAUCUGUGCUUGGUCUUUGAAUUGUUGAGUGUGAAUCUAUACGAGCUUAUCAAGCAGAAUCAGUUCCGCGGGCUGAGUACAACUCUCGUGCGAGUAUUCGCACAGCAAUUACUCAAUGGUCUGAGCCUUUUGAAUAAGGCUCGAUUGAUUCAUUGCGAUCUAAAACCAGAAAAUAUCUUGCUGAAAAAUCCUAUUAUCAAAAUCAUUGACUUCGGCUCCGCGUGUGAUGAACGACAAACGGUAUAUACUUAUAUCCAGUCACGGUUCUACCGUUCGCCUGAAGUUCUUCUAGGUUUGCCGUAUUCAUCGGCAAUCGACAUGUGGUCUUUAGGUUGUAUCGUGGUCGAGCUUUUCCUAGGUCUACCCUUGUUCCCAGGCUCGUCCGAAUAUAAUCAAGUCGCUCGUAUUACAGAGAUGUUAGGUUUACCUCCCACGUGGAUGCUGGAGAUGGGCAAACAAUCAGGAGAAUUUUUUGAAAAGACACAAGAUGAAUUUGGCCGGAAGUCGUGGCGACUGAAGAGUAUGGAACAAUAUUCUCGCGAGCACAACACCAAGGAACAGCCUAGCAAGAAGUACUUUCAGGCAAACACUCUAGAAGAAAUCAUUCGCAGCUAUGCGAUGCCGAGGAAGAAUAUGAAGCAAUCAGAAAUUGAAAGAGAGGUCAAUAACCGCGUUGCAUUCAUUGAUUUUGUGCGAGGCCUGCUACAAAUCAAUCCGCUGGAGCGGUGGUCUCCCCAGCAGGCCAAGCUGCAUCCCUUCAUUACCCAACAAAAAUUUACUGGUCCUUUCGUACCUCCAAUGAAUCUUAAAUUUUCGGCACUCAACAAGAGCAUUGCUCCCGGCAUACAGCAACAGCAACAAGCAGAGGCUGCAAGCAAACAGAGAGCUGCGCAAGCGGCUCAGGCGGCUCAGGCCCAAGCUCAGUCUGCCGCACAAUCAGCCUAUGCCAUGCAAAUGGGACAAUAUCAUCAGCCAUCACAUAACCAAGCACCACCUGUUUACAACGGACUGUACCCCGCUCAUCAGCAAGGCGCACCGCCACCUUAUCCUGCUCAACCUCCAGGAUAUGGACAUCAAAUGGGCAUGAUGCAAGGACAGAUGCAACCACAGUACGCGCCUCCGCAAAGCCUUUAUGCACAGGCAACUACCAGAGCUGGAAGGCAGCGAGCAACUACUCUCGAUCCACAGCAGGGGGGAAUUCCACCUACCAUACAACGUGUGGCUAGUCAUCUCGAUCCUAACGCACCUAUCAGGCUGCAGCCAAGCCCUGCGUACUACCCUCCUCCUCCGGAUGGCUAUGCGGAAUCUGCUUCAAACUCGCGACGCCGUGGAAGCCGAGCAGGUGCCGGUCAUCGCAACAGGGACUUUAUUCGCACUCUUGAAGAUGGCGCUCUUGGUGAUGGCUUCAUGGGUCAAUCGCAAUGGCAUUAG